UUAAAGGAGAGGUUUUGAAAUUAUAAAUGAUACCAAAAGUUUAUAACCAUGAUGGAAAAAGGUAAAAUAGUUAAAUACCUUAUAGAGAAAACUGGCAUGGAUAUAUUAAUAUAUUAAAUAUAACUUAAAGCAAUAAAUAGAGAUAAAGGAAGAUAGGAUGUGAUGACAAAAGGAAGAAAGUACUAAGUUUCUAAUAAUCAUGAAUCUGUGGGUACCUAAUGGCAUAUCUUUUCACAUCAUGACCCCCAAAAAAGGGUAGUAUUUCUUUGCCACACUGAUAGGGGUGUUCUGCACUAGAGUGUAAGAUCUAUGAAAGCAAGGGCAUUUUUUUUUCAUUGUUUAAUCACUAGUGUCUACAACAGUUUCUUGGUUCAUAGGGACUCAGAAAAGGAUUUGCUUAAUGAAUAAAAAAAUAAUGGACAACAAAAGGAGAAAAUUGACAAGUGUUCAAAUCAGGAUGAAACUUUAAAAAAACCCCUCUCAUACUGAAUGUCCCUGGCUGCUUAUUGUGUCAUCUGUUGCAGAAGAAUAGGAACCUCUACUUCCCCACCAAAAAGUGACACAUACUGGAGAGAUAUCAGAAAUAUAAUAAAGUUUACUGGAUCACUUAUUUUAGGAGGUUCUUUAUUUCUUACAUAUGAAGUUCUGGCACUGAAGAAGGCUCUGGCAUUAGAUACUCAAGUGGUAGAAAGAGAAAAAAUGAAGUCAUAUAUAUAUGUGCACACAGUUUCUUUAGAUAAAGGAGAAAAUCAUGGUAUUGCCUGGCAGGCAAGAAAAGAACUUCACAAAGCAGUAAGAAAAGUACUGGCAACGUCAGCCAAGAUACUACGGAAUCCAUUUGCUGAUGCUUUUAGUACAGUUGAUAUAGAAGAUCAUGAAUGUGCUGUGUGGCUGCUCCUACGGAAGAGCAAGUCAGAUGACAAAACAGCACGACUGGAGGCUGUGCGGGAAAUGUCGGAGACCCAUCACUGGCAUGAUUACCAGUAUAGGAUAAUUGCUCAGGCCUGUGAUCCGAAAACUCUUAUUGGUUUGGCACGAAGCAAAGAGAGUGAUCUUCGCUUUUUUCUCCUACCACCUCCUUUGCCAUGUUUAAAAGAAGAUUCCACUGAAGAAGAGCUCAGACAGUUGCUGGCUUCCUUACCUCAAACAGAGCUAGAUGAGUGUAUCCAGUAUUUUACAUCUUUGGCUCUUAGUGAAAGCAGUCAGAGUCUGGCUGCUCAGAAGGGUGGUUUAUGGUGUUUUGGAGGAAAUGGACUUCCUUAUGCUGAAAGUUUUGGAGAAGUUCCUUCAGCAACAGUGGAAAUGUUCUGUUUAGAAGCUAUAGUAAAACAUUCUGAGAUAUCCACACACUGUGAUAAAAUCGAAGCAAAUGGAGGCCUGCAACUACUUCAAAGGCUAUACCGACUUCACAAGGACUGCCCUAAAGUACAGAGAAAUAUAAUGCGUAUCAUUGGAAAUAUGGCUUUGAAUGAACAUCUUCAUUCUUCUAUAGUUCGCUCAGGCUGGGUUUCCAUCAUGGCAGAAGCAAUGAAAUCUCACCACAUUAUGGAGGCUUCACAUGCUGCCAGAAUCCUGGCGAAUCUAGACCGAGAAACUGUGCAAGAAAAAUACCAGGAUGGCGUGUAUGUGCUGCAUCCCCAGUAUCGAACGAGUCAGCCCAUUAAAGCAGAUGUCCUUUUUAUUCAUGGCCUUAUGGGAGCAGCAUUCAAAACAUGGCGCCAGCAGGACAGUGAGCAGGCUGUAAUUGAAAAGCCUAUAGAGGAUGAAGACAGAUAUACGACAUGUUGGCCCAAGACAUGGUUAGCAAAAGACUGUCCUGCUCUUCGAAUUAUAUCUGUGGAGUAUGACACCAGCCUCAGCGACUGGAGAGCAAGGUGCCCUAUGGAAAGAAGGUCCAUUGCAUUCAGAAGCAAUGAACUUCUCAGGAAGCUCAGAGCUGCUGGUGUUGGGGAUAGGCCGGUGGUUUGGAUAUCACAUAGCAUGGGAGGUCUUCUUGUCAAAAAGAUGCUGUUGGAAGCCUCUAAGAAGCCAGAAAUGAGUACUGUUAUCAACAAUACCAGAGGAAUAAUUUUUUAUAGUGUCCCUCAUCAUGGAUCACAUUUGGCUGAAUACUCUGUUAAUGUUCGCUAUCUUCUCUUUCCCUCUUUGGAAGUCAAAGAACUCAGCAAAGAUUCUCCUGCGCUUAAAAAGCUACAAGAUGACUUUCUGGAGUUGGCUAAAGACAAAAACUUCCAGGUGCUGAAUUUUGUGGAAACACUACCAACUUACAUUGGCAGCAUGAUUAAGCUCCAUGUGGUGCCUGUGGAAUCAGCAGAUUUAGGCAUUGGAGAUCUAAUUCCUGUGGAUGUUAACCAUUUGAACAUUUGUAAGCCAGAGAAAAAGGAUGCUUUUUUGUACCAACGUACUUUACAAUUCAUCCGUGAAACUUUAGCCAAAGACCUUGAAAACUAACAGUUGUCCUCUUCCAAUUUUCAUAUGUGAGUUCAAUGCAAGAAACUUGGUGUUCUGCUUCUCUUUUUAAGCUCUAAGCAAUCAUGCAAACCUAGUGAUCAUAGCGUCAACAUGGUCUGGAGUGUGUUGCAGAUUACAGAACAUUGUUCUCCCUUCAAGCGCUAUAAAGCACCAACGCGGAAGUGGCAGG